UCAAGGUAUAAUAGGACACAAAUAUUGAGACUGUGGAGCUAAAGAAAUGAAGCCCUUUUUCAGAUUCUUGAUUCUCCUGGCGGUGGUUGUUCUUGUGGAAUCUUCAUGCAACGGUGGAGACAGGGACCUGGUGUCAAAGGCCUUUCAAUCUGUCUCUGGAUUCAACGAUUCCUGGUUCCAAACAGAAGGUUCCAACUGUUCAGAGGCUCAGAUUAAAUGGAUAGAUCUUCCGUCAAAAAACAUGAGCGGGAGCAUCUCAUGGAGGCACCUGAAGAACAUGUCCAAGUUAGAGGUUCUCGAUCUGUCUGGGAAUUCUCUGCAAGGCCAGGUCCCAAACUGGUUUUGGACAAGCUCAAGCUUAUUGGUAGUGAAUCUGUCCAAGAACAGAUUUGGAGGGAGCAUUGCGUUGAAACCCACUUCACAAAAUGGUUCCUUUUCAUCACUGCAAACGCUCAAUCUAUCCCACAACAGGUUCACCAAUCAGGUUCAGCUCUCUGGUUUCUCAAACAUGAAAAGCCUCGACCUUUCACACAACAGUCUAGGCACUUUGCCUUCUGGGUUCGAAAAACUCACCAACCUACACCACCUUGAUCUCUCUAGCUGCAACAUCAAAGGAAACGUAAAACCCAUUUCUACCCUUGUGUCACUUUCCUACUUGGACUUGUCAAACAACACUUUGAAUGGUAGUUUCCCUUCUGAUUUCCCUUCUCUUAACGCCAUCAAAUUCUUGAACAUCUCCCACAACAACUUCAAAGCAUCGGUUGCCUUAGACAGGUUCAAGAAAUUUGGCAAAUCAGCAUUCGUUCAUGCCGGUAACAACUUCAACUACGAUGCAUUCAAAACCCCAAACCUUCAUUCAACCCCGACACAUAAACCCCACAUGGGAAAACAACAAACCGUUCACACCGAGAAGAAGAGACCGAAACGUAAGUCAAAACCCAAAAACAAAACAAUUAUUGCGGCAGUGUGCUCUGCGUCAGCCCUAGUACUUGUCGUGUUGUGCACAUGUGCAUUCUGCGGUUACAGAAAGAAGAGAAGAUUGGCGAAAAGGAACAAAUGGGCAAUCUCGAAACCGGUUCCAUUGACCAUCAAGCUGGAGAAAUCAGGACCGUUCGCGUUUGAGACCGAGUCAGGGACAUCAUGGGUGGCUGACCUAAAGGAACCAUCUUCUGCACCCGUGGUCAUGUUCGAGAAGCCAUUGAUGAACCUCACCUUCAUGGACCUCAUCGCCGCCACGUCACACUUUGGCAAGGACUCCCAACUCGCAGAGGGAAGGUGUGGUCCCGUUUAUCGUGCGGUCUUACCAGGAGAUAUCCACGUGGCAAUCAAGGUCCUCGAAAACGCCAGAGACGUUGAUCAUGAUGACGCGGUUGCCACCUUCGUUGACCUCUCCAAGCUCAAGCAUCCCAAUCUGUUGCCCCUCUCCGGUUACUGCAUUGCAGGUAAGGAGAAGUUGGUAUUCUACGAAUUUAUGCCAAACGGGGAUUUGGGUAGGUGGCUACAUGAGCUACCAACGGGGGAGACUAACGUGGAGGAUUGGAGUGGUGACACGUGGGAGAUUCAAAAUGGCGUCGUUUCGCGAGCCUCAUCCCCGGAAAAGAUGGGUUGGCCAACACGACACCGUAUUGCCGUUGGUGUAGCGCGUGGGCUAGCUUUCCUCCACCACGCGGGGUCGAGGCCCGUCGUGCACGGCCAUCUGGUGACGUCAAACGUUCUCCUCGCCGAAGACUUCGAGCCCCGGAUCGCCGAUUUCGGGUUCCGGAAGAUCGGGCAGAUAGCCGCCCCGAAUUGCACCACCGAGACGGACGUGUACUGCUUCGGGGUGGUUCUGAUGGAGCUGCUCACGGGAAGAUCCGGCACGGCGGAGACGGUGGUUUGGGUGAGGAAGCUGGUGAGGGAGGGUCACGGUGUGCGGACGCUGGACGAGAGGCUCAAACUCGGUGGCGGCGACUCGGUGAGUCAGAUGGUGGAGAGCCUCCGAGUCGCGUACUUGUGUACGGCCGAGUCACCGGCGAAGAGGCCCACAAUGCAGCAGGUGUUGGGUCUUCUCAAAGACAUUCAUCCCAGUCGCGGACUCGACUGAGUUCACUCGUCAACACGAAUCGUUCUUUUGUUUAUCUUUUUAUUUAUUUUUUGGAGAUUUUCGAGGCCGACGCGUUUUACAAGUGUUUGAGGCUUAACCUCGAUGAGUAAUUCCUCGUUGCAUUGGAGGUGGCAAUGGAGUUUUGGAACUUUUUUAAAAAAAGAAAAAAAUUAUGAUGAUUAUGAUUACGAUGUAUAUAUUAAAAAGCUUAGGGAAAAAGAAAAGGUGAAAAAGGUAGACAAAAUGAAGUGGGGUGGGAGGCUAGUGAAGGCUGAGUGAGAUGGGGCUAUCAAUGAAUGUGAUGAGUGUUGUGUAGUAUUCUUUUUUCUAUUUUUUGGUGAGCAUGCAUAGGACAGAGAAUUCCACUUAUUACCUGUCUCUCUUCUAAGAGGGGCUUUCAUCAUUUUUUUAUCUUUA